AUGUCCUACAACUGCUCCACAAGGAACUGCUCUUCUGGGCCCGUUGGAGGACGCUGCUCUGUCCCAGUGACCCCCGUUGCCACAGCUGCUACCCAGGACACCGACUGCCUGAGUGGCAUCUAUCUGCCUAGUUCCUUUCAGACAGGCUCCUGGCUCCUGGAACACUGUCAGGAGACGUGCUGUGAGCCCACUGUUUGCCAGCCAACGUGUUUCUCGCCAACUUCUUGCGUCCCCAGCCCCGGCCAGGCAUCCUGUUCAAGGCAAACCACCUGUGUCUCCAAUCCCUGCUCAACUUCCUGCAACCGGCCGGUCACCUUCGUCUCUGGGGGCUGUCAGCCCCUGGGAGGCAUGUCUAGUGGGUGUCAAUCAAUGGGUGGCAUCUCUACUGUCUGUCGGCCAAUGGGAGGGGUCUCUUCUGGUUGCCAACCAAUGGGAGGCAUCUCCACCGUCUGCCAGCCAUCCUAUGGGGGUUCCAGGAUGUACCAGCGGUCCUACACGUCGAGCUGCCGAAGAACAUGCUGA